GACGUGUACGCAUAAAGUCAUGUGACAUUUUCUUACGUACAGAUGACAGCGGUACCCCUAGCCAAUACUGUACUACAGCGUUGAUAACAUAAAGACUAACGUGGGAUAAUCAUACGGAAGGGCAGAAGGCUCUUGAUGCAAUGACUUAGUACAAAACCUAAAUCGGAGCGUCGUACGCUGCAAUACAGCACAUUUCCUGAAGAUUUGAAACUUCUGAAGUGAAACUUACAGCUAAUAGCCAAGCGAACGCGACGGUAAAAAAGAAAGGCAAUCAUUGGCAGCAACACGAGCAUUGCUUGUUAACGGCUUGAACUUCCUUAUAGUUUAACCCAGUUUAAUAAAAGAAAGUAUUGGCCUCUAGGUGGUUGCUUUUCGAUUUUUAUUGCGCACUAAUUCAUGAUAGAAUUAGCGAGCCCCUCCGGCAAAUCCGAGAGUGGGUGGUGGCGGGUAAAUAGUUUAGUCAGAGUCGUAUAGGUGAUGAUACUUGCUUGUCGUGUUUCUGCCGCGGUGUUACUUGACGGUGUAGCGGGCAACAGUGCGACGUGUAUGGGCCCUAUCACCUAAGACUGGCCAGCUGUCAUCGCAGAAACUCCAUCUCGUAGACAUUUAACUGUAUUUCGUCGGUCCAGUCAAUUUGUUUCGCCGGAUUCUGAUCAUUUGUGUCGUAACAAUGUCGUGUCAUACUGAUCUGCAUUCCUAUCUGUGACGACAGCCGACCGGAAGAAAGACGAAUAGAGAAAUCCAGUGGUUGUUGUGGAGUUAACCAUUUGGGUGCCGGAUACUGCGAGGCGUGUUGUUACUAAUAUUAUUGUUAUUGCCAUCGUUUAUUACGAUUUAUGGUGUGAUUUAUUAUCAAUGUCGGUUGACGUUUAGUCGUUGUUGUGUUUGUGCUAGUCGUGUGUGUUGUUCCACCUCGUGCGUGUAUUGAACGUAAGCUCCGUGUUCUGUUUUAGCCAACAAAAGCGAUGAACGUGAUUGCCUAUCAAUGCGCAACGUAUAGCGCACGGAAACGCCCCCAGUAAACUGUUUCCAUUGCUCCUAUUACAGAUACGACGAGCACGGCCAAUACUGAAACACUUUUUGGCCACCUAAAAAAAGUGCUUAGGCAGGAGAUGAGGCAAACACCGAUACGGGUGAUGCCAGCAGACGAAAACUGCGCAAAACCAAAAAGUCGACAAGCGUUUUAAAAUGCUACCAUCCUGUUGGCAUUGCUGGUGAAGACGAGUUGAGGCCGAGGACGUCCCUCGAACGUGAGCUGUUCGAAAGGCCGAAUCACUGCAGUCACUCGCUGCUGAUCGGUCUGUUUCGAACACGGCGUCCACGUCCUCGAAUAUAAUGAGGGCCCUACAGAAGGAGGCUACAAACGCCGCCGACACCCAGAAAAUUCAACCAUUCUCAAUAUUACUACCAUCAACAGGAUCGCUAUUAUCAAAAACCGCGGGGACAACAUUAACAUCAACAACGAACACAAAACAGAAGCGAACUUCACUGCCAGUGUUAUUUGGCAUAACGCUAACGCUAUUCGAGUUCACAGCUGCAGUCGCCGGAGAUGACCGGAGGUUACAGCAGCUUCCGCUGUUUUUCCGAGAAGAGCCGCCCUCGUCGGUGGUCUUCCUCAACUCUACCGGCGCCGUGAUUCCGUGCGACGGCGGCGGCGUAUCGAAACCGCGCGCCGUCUGGACGCGUCCCGAUGGCGCUCCUCUGUCGCCCAUUCCCGGUCUAAGGCAGUUUCGCAGCGAUGGGUCAAUGGUGUUACAGCCAUUUUCUGGUGAACAGUUUCGGACUGAGGUGCAUAGUGGCCUCUUUCGGUGUCAACUAACAAGCGAUGCGGGCAGUAUCGGCAGCCGCGACGUUCGCGUCACAGCUGCUUCUGUCGAGCGGACCGACAAGAAGCAAGAAGAACUAGAUGGAGAAGGGGACAAAGAUUCGAGCGGCAGUUCUCCGAGUUCGUCAAGACGCCCGCUGACUAGACAAGCCGCUCAUUGUCUGGUGUUGAAAAUGCCGAUCGAGGUGAGCGUAACGGACAGCAUCGCCAACCUAGGCGGCACCGCUAUCCUUCGCUGCCUCAUACACCCGCCGGCGAUGCGGCAGAUGGCCAACAUAACGGGCUGGUCGACCGAUGACGAUAUGACGAUCGUUCCAUCAAACGCCAAAUCAUUCAGUACGCCCCGCUACCAGGCGUUCCUCAAUGGGUUGCUGCUUAUUUCGGGCGUAACGAGAGCGGACGAACGUCGCCGGUUCCGCUGCGUUGUGGAGAACUCGAUCACUGGCGAGAAGAUGGAGUCUCAGGCCUGGGGCAAAGUGAUUGUCACUGAACCAAAAGGAUACUCGCCACCGCGCAUCUUCGAGUCGGAGCUCCGUGAGAAGAUUCAGGAGGAUGCAACGCUCCGUCUGCCAUGCGUCGCAAGCGGGCACCCGGCACCGACCUAUAAUUGGUACAGGGUAAUGUCGCAGAGUGGUCAAAAGAUACCUUUGAACACGCAUUGGAAUACGGGCGGAACCUUGGUGCUUACCCGCGUGACGCUUAGCGACAGCGGGAAAUACGUCUGCGUAGCCAACAACACUAUGGGACAAGACCGUGCCGAAAGAGACGUUGUUGUCACGGCGGCGUUAAAAGCUGAAAUUCUUCCACGUCGUCUAACGGUCCGAUCGGGCGACGACGUGACUGUGAACUGUACAUACCGUGGAGGACCCGUUCGCGAAGUACGUUGGUUAAAAGAUAACAAGCCACUGCAGAACGAUCAUCGGGUCCGCUUAUUGGGCAGGCUGGUACUACAUAUCAGCUCGUUUCGACGGGCUGACACUGGCAUGUAUCAGUGCUUCGUGAAUAACGAACAAGAUUCGGCGCAGGGCCAUGCCUAUCUCCGUAUUGAAGAGAUUCACCCUACUAUUCGGGAAAAGUUUAUUGGAGGCAAAUUCAAACCACGCAGUGAAAUUUCGCUUAAGUGCCAGGCUACAGGCUCUCCACUUCCACAGCUUUCAUGGCUGCUCGAUGGCAGCCCUUUGCCGGAAACCAGAGACAUUAACCAGGGUGAUUUUGUCCAGCCCGACGGAGCGCUUGUUGUCAGCUUUGUCAACGUAACAUCAAUGAAAGUUGAAUACGGCGGAGACUACACUUGCAUGGCAACGAACGAUGUAGGUACAGCGAUGCACACUCAGCGUAUCAAUGUUGAGGGUGACCCGUACAUUAGACCGAUGAAGGACAUCACAGUAGUUGCUGGCAAGGAACUUAACAUCAAGUGCCCGGCAGCAGGCGACGUUGCCUCGAUGUUCAUUAAAAAAGAUAAUCGCCAAAUCUCUCGGGAACCAAGGUACGGUUUAGCCGAGGACCGAAGCAGCCUGUCAAUCCACGAGGCCCGUAAGGACGACGCCGGUUUAUACACGUGUAUAGCGAAAGGCUACGGAACGAAGAACGCCUCGAGAAGCGUAAUGGUCACCGUCGUGUCGGCGCCCCAAAUAUCGCCGAUCCUGUUUUCGGACAAGAUUCACGAGGGCAUGCGGGCGAUGGCAUCGUGCAACAUCAUCGACGGUGACCCCCCAAUGCGGGUAUCGUGGUGGCGGAACGGGCAGCCCCUACGGGAUGGCCAGGACCAAAACAAUGUCCAACUGAGCAAUCCGUCCGAAUACUCGUCGUUUCUGACGAUCAACAACGUCACCCGGGCAUACACCGGCAACUAUACGUGUGUCGCAAACAACAACGCUGCCGUUUCAAACUAUACGGCCAUGCUUCUCGUUAAAGCUCCUCCCCGGUGGAAGAUAGCUCCGCGUGACAUGUCAGCCAUUAUGUCCACUUCGAUUACAUUCGACUGCCAGGCGGAGGGUGAACCAGACCCCGUUGUCCGCUGGAAGUAUGCCAAAGAUGAGGCUAGCGAUUUCCAUGGCAUCGUGUCGAGUCCUCAUAUGCACGUUCUGGAAAACGGCUCCCUAAACAUCAUUUCGGUUCAGACAGAAGACAAGGGCCGAUAUCUAUGCGAAGCAGCGAAUGGAGUCGGACCAUCGCUCAGCGCUGCUGUAGACCUCAUCGUACACCGUGGUCCACAUAUUACCGGCUUAGCAAAGAGUAUGCACGUACGAAGCACCGCAGAAACGAGUCUGCCUUGUACGGUCUCCGGUGAUGAACCGCUUUCCAUCAUCUGGAGUAAAGAUGGCAUUCUUGUUCCCCUGCACGAUGAAAGGUACGUCAUCACCGAAGAAAAGUCGUUCUACGGGAAAAAGUCAAUCCUUCGGUUACGUGCUGCGGAGCGCAGUGACACGGCGACAUUUUCCUGUACUGCCACAAAUCCGUACGGUAAGGCCGCUGAAGGACUUCGACUGAUUGUACAGGGUGCUCCGGAUCCUCCAGACGAUAUCGUCUUCAGUGACGUACGAAGCACGUCCGUAGUUGCCAAAUGGAACAUCCCUUAUUCGGGCAAUAGCGACAUUAGCUCAUACACUAUCAACUAUCAUCCGGUCUCCGAGCCUGAAGCCACACGAGUGAUUACAGUCCCGGGAACAUCCGCCGACGCUACUUUGCAAGAACUCAUACCGGCAACUCAAUACCAAUUCGUGAUCAAGGCUAGCAACGCGCUGGGUGACUCUAUUUUCAGUAAGCCCACCCUUGUCAAAACCAAGAUGGAUGCGCCGAAGACGCCUCCAUCUCAUGUCACAGCGUCGGCUGUAGAUUCUCGGACGAUUCGAGUUACGUGGAGGAAGCCCGCGGAGCGUGCACGGAAUAGUCAUUUAUCCGGGUACUACGUAGGCUACAAGGAAGCCGAUGCAACUGAACAACUCGUAUACAAGACCGUUGAUAUCGAUCACAGCACGCAGCCGGCCAGCAGCCGAGAAGAAUACACCAUCACGGGUUUAAAGAAGAAUACAAAAUAUACAGUCGUUGUUCAAGCUUUCAAUCCGCAAGGUUCAGGUCCUUUGAGCAAUGAGCUCAUCGUGAAAACCUACGAAUAUGAUCCACCGCCCAGCCCUCCGUUGAAAAUAAUCGCCACGACCUCGUCAUCGAUUCACGUUCGCUGGGAGCAGGAUUUAAACAAAUACAAGGUGACGGGUUACCUUCUACAUUACAAGCACUUAGGGGCCGAAUGGAAAGAGAUGCAGCUACACAGUUUCACGACAAACAAGAUCGUCGAGGGCCUGCUCUGCGGGACCACCUAUCAGAUUUUUCUUACAGCGUUUAACGAUAUCGGACGCGGUGAGCCCUCGCCAGUUAUCGAGGUGGCCACGGAGGGUAGAGCUCCUAUUGCGCCGCUCAGCGACGCAUUCAUCUCGAGCAACCAGACGACGGCCACGUUGAACAUAGCGACGUGGGGUGAUGGGGGCUGUCCGAUCCGCCACUUUGUCGUUCAAUACAAACUCGCCCAGCAUCGAGACUGGCUUUUGUUGUCGAGCGAUCUUCUCAAGGAAAAACAGCAGGUGCUAGUCGUUGGGGAACUGCAGCCAUCGUCGUGGUACGAGCUGUUAGUGACUGCGCACAACGAAGCAGGCUUCACUGAAGAGGAUUAUCAGUUUGCCACGUUAACACCAAGCGGUGGCACUAUACCACCUCCGCUUGCUGGUACCCGACAGGUAUCAAUGCUUCGCGAUCCAGCCGUUCUAGUUCCUGUAUUGUGCGCCGCGACCGUCGUCAUACUGCUCAUCUCAGCCGUUUCCCUUCUCUUCAUGCGGAAUCGACGCGGUCAUCCGCAUGGCCAUAGUAACGACAUUUGUCAGUCACGUGAGGAUUUGUCAAUGAACACAUACGGGAAAUGCUCGAAAGAUCCUGUUAACGAUAUCAUGUACAAUAAUGAUCACGAGACUUUAUAUUGCCCAUAUGCAGCACAACAAGCAGCUGAAGCGUUCAAUUUCAAAGGUGACAUGGUAGCUGAGACCUUGAGAAGGGUCGCGAAGAACAAAGAACACACCUACGAGGUACCUCAUCGAAUCAGGGCUGUGCAACAAGGUUACUGCAAUGGAGUGUCAUCCUCAGCCACGUUAGACCGCACAGCGAUGGGUCAAACCCCGAAACAGAAGUAUCGCCCUUUAUCGCUAGGUCGGUCGUUCGACCAGGAUCUGUUUGAAGAGGAUCUUGAAGGUCCUUCGCUCACCACCGCAGAUAUGUAUAAGGAGGCAGCAGCGAAUCAGCAUAAACAGGAGGCUGUAUCGUCAAUUAUAUCUUCCGGAGCAGCCGAAAGCGACCUUUGCUCCUCGGCAUACGAGGACGACUCCAUCAUCAUUGGCGAUGCAUGCCCUCAGAGCGAUUGCAGGUAUAACUACAGUACUAGCACUCUAAAGGCACAUCAGCAGAUUCCGCACAUACAACAAGCGUCCCAUCCCCAGCAGGGGCAACCGCCACCGGGGUCCCAAAGCCCCUACGCCCAGCCGAGGCCUAUCUCUGAUAAGUGGUCAGUAAAACUAUGAGAACAAGUGUACGAUAGCGAUGAUGGCGUAUAUUGGAUUGGCAGCGCCAAAAGUACUUCUUGAAUAUCAUCCCCAUUUUCGUUCAGCUACGCAGGACCGACGGUCACGAAUAUAGAUGAAGCAUAAGUGAGGAAGUUUGAGAAUCUUUUUGUCCGACGAUGGCGGCUCGCCCCUGUACCGUGCGCGUCGUCCUCUAACAGUGCCUUAUGUAAUGGAACGGCUAGAAUGGACUGCACAGUUAGUCGGCAGCGGGAAAAGAGAAGCAGAUGAUAAUAUUCACCGUAAAGUUACCAGUCUACUCGUUUGAGUUGGACUGUGGUGUAUUGAAAUGGCGCCAUUGUACUAUGAAUCUAUAAUUAGAUAUGGUAACGCUAACUAAGCUAACCCAAGCAAAGCUGAGACAGGCUAGUACAGGCAGGACGGAAGCCCUUUAUCAUAGAAACUUGUAUGUACGUUAUUACAAUAUUAAUCUUUGCAGACACAAUAUAGGUCAUGUAACUCCUGCAAACGGCAGCAACGCUUUGUCUCUUGAGAGAAAUUAGAGCAAGGUAAAAAAACAGAAACUGAUAGAGACGAGAAAACGAGACAGAAACAAACUUCCACAAGAGACUCAUUGUUCUGUGGAACCCUAUCUGGGGUUUGCGAUACCACGCUUGAGUGUCUGUCUGUCGAUGUAUGCGAGAUUGUUACAGAGAGACAGCGAUCGAGACCGAAUGUGCUGAGGAAGCCAACGCUCAAUGUGUACAUAGCACAAAAAAGCACUCUUUCGAGUGCUUUACAAGCAACCGAAUCAUGCUGUCGCCCUCUCGUCCCCAAGCUCUGCUUUUGAUUCACUUUCUUCACGGUUCGAUUUGAUAGGAAGAGAAACGCAGGAAACAUGGAACGGAAGAACUGACGAAAUACUACUUCGUCGCAUGACAGCAGAAAGUCUCUUGGCGGUCCUCGCGAACGUGCUAUGUCUCCGUUGCAAGACGGCCAAGGAACACAAAGAAAAACAGAAUGAACCUGAGAAUGUUGGCAGUAGAUAAAAAAAAAAUAAAACGAAAAAGGCGCCAACGACAAUGACGAAUACGACGAAGUGGAAGGUGGCAGCAGGAAGUGCGGACUGAGAUUGGAUAAAAGAGAGGGCGAAGUAGUUGUCAGGAUGGGCGAACUGGAAUGGCCCGUAUGCUGAGAUGCGUAAACAGAGGCUGAGAGCAGGAUCGGCGGCUGCGUGGGAGUAGCGGCAAGAAGCGGCAGACAUACUUCGUCACGAGUGUUGGUCCUGGCUCCCUACGGCAUCACCCUCAUUGGACGCUGGCCAGUAUCGGCGAGCGCAAGGCCCAAAUCCGUAGCCAUCGCUACUGCCUGGCCCGUAUUCAUCGUUGCAGCUUGUGUCUGAAGCUUCCCAAGGGAUUAGCAGUGGAUAGCAGACGACAAGCAAAGGACGACACAAAAACGCUGAAGCGAGUUGCAACGAACCAAUUUCGACAACAAAAAACGAAAAGUUGCAACGAAAAAAAAAGAAGCGGACGUAACGACUGGCUACUAGCGGGUGACGUUGGUCGGGUUGUGCCUAGUACCAGCGCGAAGAAGCUGAAAAGCGCCAAGGGAGCCUUGAAGGGAAAGGUCCGUCGCCCCAGGCCAAGGAUCUGUACAGGCCCCAAGUGGGCAACCACCUAGGCUGGUUGUUAAGAUGGUCACUGUGCCAAAGGGAAGAAAAAGGGGAUGUAUGUACAGCAAAAGAGCAACAACAAAAAAAAACACGUAUAGUUACAUCACUAGCCGUAGUAAGGUAAUAACAGCAACAUAGUACAUAAAACAGAGCAGCCUUGGAGACAAACACGACAGGCACACGACAUGGUGAUAAACACACAACGUGCGCAGAUAUACACAUACAAGAAUAAAAAGCCCUAUUUUAUUUUUCUCUUGUCUGGGAUAUCAAUUGGAAAGUGUUUGUAAUAAACAUAAAAGCAAAAGUCAAGGUAAUGGUGGUAGUGCUGAAGGCGGCUACGGUAGGAACGUCGUUCGAUAGUGGUCAAAGUGUCUGGGUACUACGGUCCGAGCAGAAGAACAGUAUUAGCUUUUUUAGUUUUAGUUUAGUAGAAACAGACGUUUUUCGACGAUGUAAGCGCGAUUUUUUUAACUCUAUAUGCAUAUAUGGUCGUGGCAUUAUGUUUGUGUAAUCCACUGCGUAGGGAGCUACAGUUUUACGUAAAAGAAAUGAUUUCGAACUAGUAAACCAUGACAAAUCUACACUUGUCAUAAGUCCAGUUCGUUUGAUGGUCUGGACGGCAUAGUGCAGAAAGAACCUGGACCCUUAUAGCCUGCUAGUGACGAGUUCAGCACCAGCAGAUGAUGAAGCAUUUGGAUGGCAGUUGAGAAGCGCCCACUACUCACUUCACCGCAAUGCUCAUGUUGCUAUGGGAGCAGUAGCAGCUUGAGAGAAUUCUGGAGUUUGGAAACGCGCAAAAACAAGUAGGCGAGACAAAGGAAAGAGAGCUGCGAGCGCCUAUUAGAAAUGAAGUGCCGGUCUCAUUUGAAGAACGAAAGACCAAACGGAUAAAAACAGAUGAAUUUGAACGGCUGCUGAAUGGCGGUGCAGAACCGGGCAGGUGGCAGGCAAGGUACAGACGGACUCUCGAUUUAGGGGGCUCUGAAGGUCUCCCCGAAAAUAAGUGGCAAAGGAGAAUCUGGUCUGCUCGAGGGAAAUAAUGGUGACAUUGAAAAGUGACUAGUUCAUUUAAAUGGCAAGGUGAACAAAGGUAGUUUGGUAAGACGGAAGGGUGAUGGUUAGGCUAGGCCGGCUGGCCGUCGAAAAGAAGCUCUCGUUCGUCGGUGUGCCUUUCCAACAGAAAAUAAUGGAGAGAUUUUUUGUUGUCAGUUUUGCCCUCGGUCAUGGCAGCAAGGGGUACGCAAGCUCUUACGAUAGCAACAGACGAAAAUGGGGAAAACUGGAAAAAUACAGAAUGCGUUCUAUGUCUACCUAUAGUAUGCAGGGUUUGAAAAAGCGGGGUGAUACGGAAGAACGAGGAAACAAACUGCUUCGUGGGGAGCCGGUGGAUGUGUAAGGCUUGAAUGAGAAGAGCAGAGUGCCUACCUAUUCACACCUCUCCCAUUCAGCUUCCGCUGUUUGCGUGAACGGGAAAGAUAAUAUUAGUAUAGGCCAGAAGUGGUCGCUGCCGUUCCGUUGUA